CAAAACAUGGGCAGGGCGAGCAGGAGAGAAGGGGAGGAGGGAAGGGGAAGCUCACACCAAUGGACACACAUCAGGGGCUGGACAUGAAAAAGAGACCAGGACAAGCCAAUGGCCAGUGCGGGGCGGGGGAGGUGCGGGGCGGGGGGCUCCGCAGGCGCCAGACGCGGCCCCUGGGGGGAGGGGCGGGCAGAGGGGAGGGGGCUCUGGGGCGGCUAGCUCACCAGUGGCCGCAGCGAGCGCCGCGGCUGUGGCGUGGCCCGGAGAGAAGAAAGGGGCGGCGGGGUGGGAGGGAGGAGGGAGGGGAGCAAGACUUGCGCCCCGCUCCACUCCCCCCGACACACACACACACUCACCGACCCUAAAAUGAAAAAUUAUUGAAGUGGGGGGUGGGGGCAGAGUGCUCCCGGACGCCCCAGCCCAGUCAAGAGAGGCACGGGCGGAGGAAAACCAGGUAGAGUAGGUCCCGGACACCCUCCUCUGUGCGCACACCCACUUCCCCUCCCCGCCAGGGGACGCCGAGGGCCGGAGUGCUAGCCCGGAGCUCGUGGCAGCGCUCGGGAAACUUUGCCCAGUGAAAGCUAGGAAAGAAAAAAAAAAAAAAUCACCCGAAGUUGAGAGCUGAGCCUCCAAGUUAAGAGCUCCGCAGCGGGCUAGGGGAGGCGUGCGGGAGCGCGCUGGCGAGAGAAAUCCAGCCCAAGUUUGGAGGGUCGCGUGUCCGGAAAGCUAGUGCCAGGGCCCGGGGAAACCGACGCCGCCUGGAGAGAGGCGGUUGGGGCGAGGCUGACGGCGCAGGCCUAGGCUCCAGGGCCGGGAGCGAGCCCCCAAGACCAAGUCAGGGACCCGGGAUCUGAGUGACCCUACAAACAGUCGGGAGCUGAAUGCCACAGAAGCCCUGAAUCCCCAGCUCCCGAGGCUUACAGAAACAGAAAGAUCGGAAUACAUAGACCGUGAAGCCAGAUUCCGGGUGUGUUUCAGUCCUCAGAGGGGAGCACUCGGGGCCGGGGCUCGAGGCGCCCAAGCGUCCACCUCUGCGGCCCGAGGACAAAGCACGGGUAGCCCCAAGAGCUCGGGUCUCUGGGAACCUGCUUGCCGCGCUGCAGGAGGUCCUGGAGCCUGAAUCCGGGGAGAGACACACCCCCUCCCACUCCAGGGCAACUGCGAAAGCACUGAGCGAAGGAAAGAAAAUGUUUCUUAAGGACAGAACACAAUUGUUCUAAGCUGUUACUCGGGGAAAGAGAAAAUGGGGAAAGGAAAGAAAACUGGCUAGCAGGAGCUGCGGUGAGACCACGAUGGUAAGGCCCUCGGGACACCGCAGCGCUGCCCAGACGACAGCAGCCACCGCACACACCCGGGACCCCGGAACCCCUGGGUUCCCUCAGCAGACCUUCCCUGGAAAUUAGGGAAGACCUGUUGGAAAUAAACCCCUGUCUCUUUAAUGCACACGCGCGCGCGCGCGCUGCCGCUGUCAAAAAGCGGGCUUCGCUCUGGCGUGGGAUACUUUCAGUUUUACGUAAAAUAUACAGCAACAGCACCCCCUGCGAUUGGAAAGUUUAUUCAGAAACGUGCUGCAAAGUCCCCCAGCGUCUCCCGCCUCCCAGCCUCCCAGCCAGCCUGCACCACCCUGCAGCCGCCGCCGCCGCCGCCGCAGCAGCCGCAGCAGCAGCAGCGCAGCAGCAGCAGCAGCCGCAGCAGCAGCAGCAGCCAGGGAGACCGCGCUACCGGUCCAAAUCUAGCAGCGCCCAGCGGGGGCGGGGAAUGGACGGAGUCCCUGGGAGGCGCCGAGGGCUCUGGGUGGAGACCCGAGCUGCAGGUGGACGUCUGUGAGUCUCUGCAGAGCCAGGAGCCUUCCUCCCCUCUCCUCUAGAGCCUGCACCCAGCGACCCCGCACCCCUCCUCUGAGAGGUGUCGUUUCCGUAAAUUCACCCAACCGCCGGGGGAUUGUAUUGUUUUAAGGCAGGGCCCCGGGCUCACACACUCUCGCCCACCUCCCAGCCUCACAGCCUUGUGGCUGUUUAUUCCUGUGUCUUAGGAAAGUUUCAAACCUAUUAGAAAAUGGCUCGCCUGACUGGGCGAAGCUUCGGGCCCCUCUGAGGAAGAAACACAGAUUUUGAUGCCCAACGUUAGGAGAGCUGUGGGCUAAGCUGUUUUGGGGGAUGCAGUUUCCCUCUAGCUGAUUUUCCUUGGGUGGGGGGUGUCUUGAAUUCGGUUUGAGGAGCAGGAAGACUAUUGCAGUAACUGCACGACACCGUUUCCCCUUUUCACUGAGUUCUUCAGAGCAGGUCAGCAUCUCUUCCUCUGUUUUUUUUUUUUUCCUUGUUAAAUCAGCCUUAGAAUCACCAAAUGAAUGUCGCCACGGGAGGUGGGAGGGGAGGGGCCACAGGGGUGGACCUCUUCAGGGUGAGAGGAGAGUAGAAGAAAGUACAACCCAGAGGCCUCGGGAAGAUAAAUAAAUAAAUAAAUAAAUGCCUCUUCAGGUAACAAUACUGAGCCAGACUUCUUCAAGACGAAGCUGGGCAGAUUUGAAUCUUGCUCUCAUCCAUAAAAGUCUGUACAGAAAGGAGACAGAUACAUGGACAAAUUAUGUUGUAGAAAUACAUACUGUAUAUGUGUAAUUUAUAUAUAAUGGUAUGUAUAAAGCUUUUCAGGGUUGGCUGUAGUGUAAAAAGUAAUGACUUUAUUACCUCUGAAAGGUUCUGCGGUUCACAUUUAACAGCCUUCUGAAUUACAAUUCAUUACACAAUCGCGUGCUCUCUGAAACCAGCACCUUAUCAGGGCCGCUAUCUGUGGUUAUUUCCAAUAAAUAACUGGCAGCAUUUUAUUGAUUUUCUUUUUUAAAAAAAUCAUAGGAAAUUAAGCACUUAGUAACAAGUAGGUCCGCCGUGUUACUGCACUUGUUUCAGAUUCCAGGGGGUUCCUUUGAAAGCCACAUCUUAAAA